UCGGGAUGCAACGGCCGAAGCCGGAGGCGCGAACGGACGCAGCUGGCGCCACGCCAGAGCCCCCGACCACCACCACACCCCCCUCCUCCUCUGCCCGAGCUUGCCAAAGACCAUUUCUUUCCAUCCUCCGGCGCGUCUCCGGUCUGCAUCGCACCACCGCGUCGGCGUCGCGGCCCAUGGAGCUCGCGGUGAGAGCCGCGGCGGCCUCCUGCUCCUCCUCCCGGUCGCUCCACCCCCCGCGCGUCCCCUGCCUCCUUGCCCGCGGCCCGGGCCUGCCGCUGCCGGCUCGCCGCGUGGCCGUCGCCGCCGCGGCGGCCGUCGCCCUCGACCCGUUUCAGGAGAUCAAAACAGACCUGAAUGGCGCCUCAAAAACUGAGGUUUUCGCAUGCCCUGUUUGCUAUGAACCGCUGAUAAGGAAAGGGCCGCCAGGCAUGAACCUGCCAGCGAUUUAUAGGUCUGGAUUCAAGUGUUCAAAAUGCAACAAGUCAUUCACCAGCAAAGAUGUCUUCUUGGAUCUCACUGUCACCUCAGGAAUGAAACAAUACAGUGAACUGAAACCUGCUAGAACCGAGCUGUUCAGGAGCCCGCUCGUCUCUUUUCUUUACGAGAGGGGGUGGCGUCAGAACUUCAAUCGGAGUGGCUUCCCUGGCCGCGAUGAAGAGUUCCAAAUGGCGCAAGACUAUUUCCAAUCAGUCGCUGGUGGCAUACUUGUUGAUGUCAGCUGCGGCAGUGGCUUGUUUUCAAGGAAGUUUGCAAGCUCUGGGGCAUACUCGUCUGUGAUUGCUUUGGACUUUUCUGAGAAUAUGCUCCGCCAAUGCUAUGACUACAUCAAACAGGAAGAAACCCCUAUGAACACGAACCUUGCACUUGUAAGGGCUGAUAUUUCGAGGCUCCCUUUUGCUUCAUGUUCAAUUGAUGCCAUUCAUGCUGGAGCCGCUAUCCACUGUUGGCCAUCCCCUUCAAAUGCGAUAGCUGAAAUCAGCCGUGUGCUGAAGCCCGGCGGCGUAUUCGUAGCGACAACCUUCUUAUCCACCCCCACGAACAGCGGCCUGUUCUCUAUCGACGCACUAAAGCCACUGAGACAGAUUGUCGGGCCAGUGAACAGCAGCUACAACUUCUUCACCGAAGGAGAGCUGGAAGACCUGUGCAGAUCCUGUGGCCUGGUCAACUACAGCAGCAAGGUUCAGAGGUCAUUCAUCAUGUUCUCUGGGCAAAAGCCGUAGCUGAGUAUCACAUCCAGACUUUCUUUGUAUAGCCAGCCAUGGUGCAUAUAUAGUUGUGCUUCUUUUUUACGAGUAUAUGUAUAGCUGUUACGGUUAAGUCGGGUGAUGAAAAUGUAACUCAAACGCACAUCAGGUGAUUGAACCAAAAUGUAUGGUCUCUGGCUCUGAUGAACAAUAGUACUGUAGCAUUUCUUCAGGUUCAGGCAUUGAACAGAAGUUUUACACCUGAACAACUGUGUUGUUUCUGCACCAUAAAUAAAAUUUUAAAUUAACUGUGAA